AUGGUGAUCAUCUGGUAUACACCGACGUUUAACACAACCUUCAAAGUAAUCAAGAAAGCCCCAAAGAGAAAGAGACCUGCAAGUACACCAACACAGAGAAAAUCUGUCAAGGUUGAAAAUGGAUCAACAGAGAACCAAGGAAGUAGUUACAAAACUGGUAUCAGACGUUCAAGUCGGUUACGAGGACAGGAUGCCCCAAGCUUGGAGGACAUGGAACUAGAGACAAGUCAAGCUGAUGACGAAGAUGUGUACAGACGACCAAAGUUACCAAAACACAGGCCAAACUUUUAUGGAUUUGUUGAGGGAGUUGAAAUUGGAACACUGUGGCAGACAAGGCUUGAGUGUUGCUAUGCUGGCAUACAUCGUCCUACGGUUGCUGGGAUACAUGGAGGAGAGGAUGGAUGCUACUCUAUUGCACUCUCUGGGGGAUAUGAAGAUGACAUUGAUCUUGGCGACAGUUUUACAUAUACUGGUGAAGGUAGGAUGUUUUUAUAGACCAUAUAUAGUUCAAGUGUAAGUUAA